GUCCGCCGCUGCCGCCUCUUUCUUCUGCCGCUCUUGGUGCUGCUUGUGUGCUCGUUUGGUGCGGACCUGGUACCUCUUUUGUGAAGCGGCAGCUGAGGAGACUCUGGCGCUCGCCAUGGCCGACGAAAAGCCCAAGGAAGGAGUCAAGACUGAGAACAACGAUCAUAUUAAUUUGAAGGUGGCGGGGCAGGAUGGUUCUGUGGUGCAGUUUAAGAUUAAGAGGCAUACACCAGUUAGUAAACUAAUGAAAGCCUAUUGUGAACGACAGUUGGAAAUGGAGGAUGAAGAUACAAUUGAUGUGUUCCAACAGCAGACGGGAGGUGUCUACUGAAAAGGGAACCUGCUUCUUUACUCCAUAACUCUGUUCUUUAAAGACCAAGAUUACUUCUCAAUUAGAAAACUGUAAUUUUGUUCCACCACAUCCUGACUACUACCGUAUAGUUUUCUCUAUUCUUUCAUUUCCCCGUUCCUUUAUUGUACAUAAAGUAACUGGUAUAUGUGCACAAGCAUAUUGCAUUUUUUUUUUAACUAAACAGCCAAUGGUAUAUUUUGAUUGACAUCAAGUGGAGACGGGAUGGGGAAAAAUACUGAUUCUGUGAAAAUACCCCCUUUCUCCAUUAGUGGCAUGCUCAUUCAGCUCUUAUCUUUAUAUUCCAGUAAGUUAUUUUGCUCUCACUGUUUUAACAAAAAAAAAAAAACAACAA